AAUUCGUCCAAUCAAAUUGUAUGUAAUAACCGUUAUGUGAUAAGCGUCCCGUUGCCAUGACGUAAUGAAACAAUAUCAGUAAUGGCUGCCACCAAUGUUCUUAGCUGAGAAAUUAGUGAAAAAGGUUUCAAGAAAUGGCAGACCAAACUGGUGAGGACGGGGUUCCAGCUCCAACUGGGGAAGAAGUCCCUCAAGCCCCAACUGAGGAAGAAGUCCCUCAAGCCCCAACGGGUGAAGAAGCUGCACCAGCCCAAACAGGUGAAGAGGCCACCCCAGCCCAGGGUGAAGCAGAGGGUGCCCCACCUGCCCCAGAAUCUGCGGAACAACAACAGCAGCAGCAGGAUGAUGGUCGUGGUGAAGAUCCAGCACCUAAGGAAGAUCAAGAAAAACAAGAAGAAACACAAGAAGAUGAGAAAAAGGAAACAUCAGAAGUAAAACCAGAGACAACAGAGCAAACAGCUGAGGAAACUGAUAAAUCCGAGGGUGAGGCCCAGCCAGAGGGUACAGCAGAACCUCAGGGUGACCAAACUGAACAGCAAGAGAAGUCGGAAGAGAAACCUGCAGAACAGAAAGAUGAAACAGUCACAGAAGAAACAAAAUUAGAGGGAGAGAAAGAAGAGGAGGCAAAAGAAGAAAUGAAAGAAGAAAAAACAGAGCAAGUUACAGAAAAAGAACCUGAAUCUAAGGAUGGUAAGGAUGAUGAACAACCUGCCCCUGCACCAACACCUGUUAACCAGGAACAAACAGUUGGCACGGAAACAGAGGUAAACAAGCAACAAGAACCUGAUGUUGAUCCACAUGCUGUAACUCCAAGAUCAAAAGUCAACUUGGAAGCUACAGCCACAGUAAAGUUUGUGUUAAUGCCGAGUGGACAAGUGGUGACCCAGGCCUGCACCCUUGGGCAGACCUUGGAGCAGUUGAAACAAUAUUUCAGCUCUGAAUUAAAGAUGCCAGUCAAUCUCAUUAUGCUCAUGUUUGAUGGUAAGACAAUGACUGAUGCAACCACCCUAGCAGAUCUGGGCGUGGGCCCCAAUGGAACCAUACAGCUGGAACUACAAUCAGCUGAUCCAGUAAACACGCCCAUCAAAGCAUACAGACCACGGCAGGAAUAUCACAUGCCUGAUGUGAUCACUGUUAGAGUGCAAACAGAAGACAGCACAUACAAAGAUGUUGUAGUUGAAAUUGAAAGAACUACAAGAAAGAAACCAUUCCUGGGUGGGUAUCGUCAUAAAAAAACAUCAAUAGAGUAUCAUCAUGCCUCGGCACAGACUAUGCAAAAGCCGAGACCACCGUCUGGUAUCGAGAAAUAUUGCCGCGAUACCCAGACUGUGGAGCAGCUUCAUCGUGUUCAACAAACAACAAAUGAUACAUCAACACAAAUGACAGGGAUUGGUGUGUAUGUUUCAAAUAUGGAGGAUAAAUUGGUCACACCUCAAAAAUACACGACAGCAGAUGAGCAUCAUAGCAUGAUAUUAUCGAGGGUUAUAAUAAUACAGAAAUAUUAUAGAAGAUGGCUUGCCAAACAAUAUGUACAGAAAUUGAAAGAUGAUAAGAGAAGACGUUUAGACUUUGAAAGACAAGAAGAAAUUAGGAAGAAGAAAGAAAAAGCUGAUAGAAUAAAGAAGGAAUUUGAAAGAAGGAUGAAUCCAAAGACAAAAGAAGAUUUUGAUCUCUUAUAUCAUGCAUUAGAAAAAUGGAGACAGGAAGAGUUGGCAAGAAUAGAUCAAACAUUAACUGGUGCUGAAAGGAAAGCUGCUCUUUGUAUGUUACUGGAUCAGGAGACGCAGCUUAUAGCGUCAAUCGGCCGACACAAACUAGAGGCUGACGGUGAAAACAAGGACAAGAGAAUACAAGACUUCCUUGAUAAGGCUGCUGCUCCAAAGAAAUGGAGAGGUUUUGAUGGUAAACAUACAGAAAUGGACACACCAUUUACAAUACGUGCCAAGGAACUUCGAGACAUAUAUAACAGUAUCAACAUGAAAUUCCUAACACAGGAUGAGCGGCUUGAUGUAUUGCUUACUCUCAAACAUACUGUGAAGGAACACGAUUGCAAACUGACACAAGAAAUCAUAGAGUUGAUAGAUCGGGAGGCUGAUUUACUGAUGCGUGGAGUAAAAGAGAGUAAUCUAGAUGGUUUAAGAAAACGUAUCUCAACCCUGUUCUUACAGUACAUCAAAACACCCACAUUCAACCCAGAGGCAGCCAAACUCCUCAAGGUACCUCAAGAUCCAUCUGUGUUACGAAAGAACAUCUAUUUCUGUCCAAGUUGCAACAGUUACCUCCCCUCUACAGAGUUUGGCCUGUCGUCUAACUCCCGCAAUGUCGGAAAGUGUCGUAGAUGUACAAAGAUCGACAACGAUGCUAGAGUCAGACAAGAUUACAGUCUCUACAGAUUCCUUCUCAAACAGCUUCGUAAAGCUGAAGAGCUUGUUGGUGAUGGUUCCAAAAUUGCAUUUUUGUUGCAGGAGCAUGAUUUGCGUUACUUGGUUGACAAGGUUUGGGGUGGACAGAGUAUUCUCAGUGCUUGGGAUGACCUGUUUGAUCUCACUCUGGUACGCUGGAACAAACAUGAAGAAUGGUCACCAUGGAACUGCAUACUUCUCACCAAAGAUGAGGCUUCUGCCCAUGAGAAACUUGUCAGUUUGGAGGAGGGUUACGGUAACGUGUUCAUACAGAAAGUACAGCAAAAACACGUGUUGGCACGGAAUUACUUCUCUAGACUUCCUGGUAUUGCUGAGCACGUGAAGGAACGUGCCAAUGAGCGUGAUACCCGUUCAGGACCCUCAAUACAGGGACAAGCAGUUUCAGUACAGUGACACCAAUUUCAAGUUAACGUUUAAGUUAAUGAAUAGUUAACUACCACCAUUACAUUUAGUUGCGAGGUAAUGGAAAUGUAUGACAUCAUGACGUUGAGCUACAAAUCAUGAAGACUGGACACUGUCACAUAUGAUUAAGGAUAAACAGACAAAAUGAACUGUGAUUUUAAUAUUGUAUUGCUAUUAGAUAUGUUCUUUAAACAUAUAACGUUACUAAAAUGCUUUGAGCUACGAUACUGAAAAUUUAAAUGGUUUAGUGUUUUAAGUCUAAUUUUACUGCCUGCAUGAAUGUGUGUUAGGCCUUUGUUAUUAGGACAUUAUCAGAAUGUCUUACUGUAUUUUAUUGAGAAUAACUGUGAUAAAUACAUUAAUUAAAUGAAAUGAUAUUCGA